AUGGCAAGUGACGAGACCUGUCAUCAUCAUGUUGCGUUGACGUGUUCGGAAAAGAUUAUUCUCAUCGUGAUUAGUUUAUUUACUCUCCUACUUUCGUCUGUUAUUCUUUUACACGUUUCGUCUAGUAAUUUCGAAACUAUAAACGAAACUCUUGAUCCACUUAUUACCAUCAAAUCUAUUUUAACAGAAACCUUCUUCCGAUUCCAUGAUUUUGUACUAGACAAUACCAAUUUCAUUAAUUUCCCAUUCAAUUUUUCAAUUUUCACAGAAUUGAGAUUUGAAAAUUGGAAAAUUCAUGAAAAUUCCGAAUUGAAUCCAUUUAUCAUAUUUCCAAAAGAAUUAAAAUACAAUUAUGAAAAUGUGAGCAGAAUAGCUGGACAGAAAGGAAAUGGACCUAAAAUAAGAAAUGGUCAUCAUUGUCCUUAUUUGGGAUUUAGAAAGCAUUCUCACUAUCAAUUGAGUCAAACUAUUCUCUCCACUGUUUGCCAUCAAAAUAUAGAGUACAAGCAGUAUUGUAAUGUAGAAGUGGUAAAGCAGGAUUUCAAUAAGAGACUUUCUCCACAAAGUUUGAAAGGAUUUAAUAGAGAUUCAAGAGUGAGAGGUCAUCAAUUUGCACAAUGUUGUGAUAAUUUGGAUUUUCAAUUUAAUUUCAAGAAGAGAAUUGAUGAUGGCACUAAAAUGGAAGAAUUGGAAAGGAUUAUUCCUAAAGCUGUCUUGAAACAGCUUCAUUCUGUAUUGUUGAUGAGUGAUUUGGUUUCUUUUGAUGAUUUGGCGAGGAGAGUGGAUUGGAAUGCUUUGCAUAUUUUUGAUUUCUUUCAUGAUGAUAGGUCUAAAAAGAGAAUAUUGAGAUGGAUUCCUGAAAUUCUUUAUUCUGAAUCAAAAUUCUUGGCUGCUCUCAAAUUUGGUUUGUGGGCUCAUCAAUUUACCAAGUAUGGAACUUGUGUUACAAAUCAAAUUUAUGAAAAUUAUGUUGAUCAGGCAUUUAAUGUUGAUAAAUUUGUAGAUGCAAUGAGUGAAGUGAUUGAUAGAAGAAUUGAGAAUGAAAAAGUAUGGAGAAGUGAUCCAGAGCUUUACUUUGAUUUAAUGUAUCUCUUACAUAGGCGAUUCGAUUACUUUAGAAGGGAUGAUAAGGUAUUCCUGAAACAUUUUCCUCCCUCUCUCACAAAGACCUACAGGGUUUCAGAUAUCAAGGCUAAAAUUUAUGAAUUGUUUGGUGAUCAGGUCAUGCUUUCGUGUGCCAUCUCUCAAAAUUAUACCCAUCCACUAGUGUACCAAUUUCACACAUGUAUGAAAGUGGAGGAUGUCGAGCCAUUGGCUUUCUACCUUAUGGAAAGGAAAGAAAGAUAUAGGAAUGGGGAUCAAUCCGUCAAGAUUCAAUCCCUAAUCAAAGAUACUCAGAUGUUAUCUAUUUUGGAUAAGGUAAAAUCAGAUGGUUGUUUGGUCAAUCCACUAUUUAACAGAACUGAAUUUAAUCAAAAUUAUUUCAAUAAUUAUACUGAUAUGAUUAAUCAUUUCAAGUACCAAGAUGAUCCCAACAUUCAAAAUGUCAAUGAAUGUAGUGAUGAAGAGUUUGUUCUGAUACCAGACACUGCUGAACUAUUGAAAAGAUUCAAAGAAGGUGAGGAUGGGAAAAUAGUAGAAGUGGACGAAAGUGAAUUGGAACUAGCAUUUGAUUUUGGAUUCUUAGCAAAUGAAGUGGAAAAUGUGAAUCAAGAACAAGAACCAAAUAAUUCCGAUACAGAAUCCAAUGUUUAA